AGUACCGUCUUCGCCGCGCGGUCGGGCAGCCUCAGCCGCGCCGCGCGGGGCUGCGAUGUCGUCCCGGCCAGGGCGCGACGAUGCGGGCGCCGGGGGCGCGCGGCGGCCCCGGGAGCCCCCGGAGCAAGAGCUGCAGCGGCGCCGGGAGCUGAAGCGGCGGCGGCAGGACGCGCAGCAGCUGCAGCAGCUCAAGCACCUGGAAUCCUUUUAUGAAAAACCUCCUCCUGGUUUUAUCAAGGAAGAUGAGACGAAGCCAGAAGACUGUAUACCAGAUGUCCCAGGCAAUGAACAUGCCAGGGAAUUUCUGGCCCACGCACCAACCAAAGGCCUUUGGAUGCCACUCGGGAAAGAAGUCAAAGUCAUGCAGUGUUGGCGCUGUAAACGGUAUGGUCACCGAACGGGCGACAAAGAAUGCCCUUUCUUUAUCAAAGGCAACCAAAAGUUAGAACAGUUCAGAGUAGCACAUGAAGAUCCCAUGUAUGACAUCAUUCGUGAGAAUAAAAGACAUGAAAAGGAUAUAAGGAUACAACAGUUAAAACAGUUACUGGAGGAUUCAACAUCAGAUGACGAUGGGAGCAGCUCCAGUUCUUCAGAAGAUAAAGAGAAACACAAGAAAAAGAAGAAGAAAGAAAAACAUAAGAAGAAGAAGAAAGAAAAGAAAAAGAAGAAAAAACGAAAGCAUAAGUCUUCCAAGUCGAAUGAGAGUUCAGACUCAGAAUGACGGAGCCUGGCUUGUUCAACAUUCUCUUCUCAAAAACCAAACACUGUGGCCAAAGAUGAGAGGACCCGUGGAGGAAGGCGGAGUCGGAGAGGAACAGGAGAGACGCCCAGAGGAAGGGGCUGUAGAGGCCCAGGUUCUCCCCUGCCUUCCAGGGAGGAUGUGAGUUGUGUGUUGCCAGGUGCUAGCUCUGGCCACGCCUGACUUCAGGCUGGAGAGCUUUUCCCCUUGUGCUCCUCCCUGCUGAUCCCUGUGGGUCCCAACUCCUUAGAAAUGCCUCGGGCAGGGCGGCCAGAUGAAGGGAGACUCUGAGGAGCUCCCCUCCGGGGCUGCCGUAGGUUCCACCUCCAGGGUGGAGCUACCUGUGUAGAGCUCAGGCUUGAUUUCCCUCUGCUGCUGAGGAUAAUAAAAGCUCACUAUUUAUUUUUUAAA